GGAGCAGCGCAGGUUCCGCAGGGUCAGGUGUGGCUCAGGUUGUCGGUCGUAAAUCGAGUGACGGUUUUUCCAUCUUUCUUUUCCCGGGAAUUAGUGAUCGCUCGGCCCUGCUAGAAAAAAAAGAGAGGGAUGUCUCUACGCUGCGGGGGCGUGGUCCGCACCGUGGGCCCCCGGGUAUUUGGAAGAUAUUUAUGCAGUCCAGUCAGAGAAGUAAGUUCCUUGCCAGAUAAAAAAAAGAAAUUUUUACAGAAUGGACCAGACCUUCAAGAUUUUGUAUCUGGUGAUCUAGCAGACAAGAGCACCUGGGAUGAAUAUAAAGGAGACUUAAAACGUCAGAAAGGAGAAAGGUUAAGACUACCUCCAUGGCUAAAGACAGAGAUUCCCAUGGGGAAAAAUUACAAUAAACUGAAAAAUACAUUGCGGAAUUUAAAUCUUCACACAGUGUGUGAGGAAGCUCGAUGUCCCAAUAUUGGAGAGUGUUGGGGGGGUGGAGAACAUGCCACUGCCACUGCCACAAUCAUGUUGAUGGGUGACACAUGUACAAGAGGUUGUAGAUUUUGUUCUGUUAAGACUGCAAGAAAUCCACCUCCACUGGAUGUCAAUGAGCCCUACAAUACUGCAAAGGCAAUUGCCGAGUGGGGUCUGGAUUAUGUAGUCCUGACGUCUGUGGAUCGAGAUGAUAUGCCUGAUGGAGGAGCUGAGCACUUUGCAAAGACUGUGUCUUACUUAAAGGAAAGGAAUCCAAAAAUCCUUGUGGAAUGUCUCACCCCUGAUUUCCGAGGAGAUCUUAAAGCAAUAGAAAAAGUUGCUCUGUCAGGAUUAGAUGUGUAUGCACAUAAUGUAGAAACAGUUCCAGAAUUACAGAGGAAGGUUCGUGAUCCCCGGGCCAAUUUUGACCAGUCUCUACGCGUACUGAAACAUGCCAAGGAAGUUCAACCUGAUGUUAUUUCUAAAACAUCUAUAAUGUUGGGUUUAGGUGAGAGUGACGAGCAAGUAUAUGCAAUGAUGAAAGUACUUCGUGAAGCAGAUGUGGACUGUUUGACUUUAGGACAAUAUAUGCAGCCAACAAAGCGCCACCUUAAGGUUGAAGAAUACAUUACUCCUGAAAAGUUCAAAUACUGGGAGAAAGUAGGAAAUGAACUUGGAUUUCAUUAUACUGCAAGUGGCCCUCUGGUGCGUUCUUCAUAUAAAGCAGGGGAUGCAGGUUUGAGCCCUGGUCUGGGAAGAUCCCACAUGCCGCGGAGCAACUAAGCCCAUGCGCCACAACUACUGAGCCCGCAUGCUGCGACUACUGAAGCCUACGUACCUAGAGCCCGUGCUUCGCAACAAGAGAAGCCACCGCAAUGAGAAGCCUGCGCACCACAACAAAGAGUAGCCCCCGGUCGCCACAACUAGAGAAAGCCUGCGCACAGCAACAAAGACCCAAUGCAGCCAAAAAUGAAUAAUAAAUAAAUUUAUGGGAAAAAAAGCUCUUUUAAAAGAAAAAGAAUAAUGACUAAGCAUUAUGGUUGAGGAAAGGACCAAAGAUAUGGGGGAUAUGUGAAGUUAGAAAAUUAUUGCCAUUGAGAUUUGAGAAGAGAAAAACACCAAUAAAUACAAAAGUCUUCUUUAAAGGGAAACAC